GGAAGGACGCGCGCCCCCGAGCCCUGCGCGCUCCCGCCGCCCACGCGCGACCCUCGGGGACGCGCCCGCCACCCUUUUGUCCCCGGGGUCCCCGAGGGCGGUGGGCAGCAGGGAGCCCCGGUGGACCCGGUGCAUGCCCCCGCCCAGCAGUGCUGUCUCUAGGUCUGGGGAACCCACCCCAGUUUUCACUCCUGCUGCCCUGGCCAGACAAUGAACCAGUCUCAGAGAAUGGCACCUGUGGGCUCCGACAAAGAGCUGAGUGAUCUCCUGGACUUCAGUAUGAUGUUUCCGCUCCCUGUGGCUAACGGGAAGGGCCGGCCUGCCUCCCUGGCCGGAACCCAGUUUGCAGGCACAGGACUUGAGGACCGACCCAGCUCAGGUUCCUGGGGCAACAAUGAUCAGAACAGUUCUUCCUUCGACCCCAGUCGGACGUACAGUGAAGGCGCCCACUUCAGUGAGUCCCACAACAGCCUGUCUUCUUCCACAUUCUUAGGGCCUGGGCUUGGAGGCAAAGGCAGCGAGCGGAGUGCCUAUGCCACCUUCGGGAGAGACACCAGUGUUAGUGCACUGAGUCAGGCUGGCUUCCUACCGGGUGAGCUGGGCCUUAGCAGCUCUGGGCCACUGUCUCCAUCGGGUGUCAAGAGCGGCUCCCAGUAUUACCCCUCAUACCCCAGCAACCCUCGGCGGAGAGCUGCAGACAGUGGCCUGGCAGAUACACAGCCCAAGAAGGUCCGGAAGGUUCCACCUGGUCUGCCCUCCUCCGUGUAUCCACCCAGCUCAGGUGACAGCUACAGCAGGGACGCUGUAGCCUACCCCUCCGCCAAGACCCCCAGCAGCGCCUACCCCUCCCCUUUCUACGUGGCAGAUGGCAGCUUGCACCCGUCGGCGGAGCUGUGGAGUCCCCCCAGUCAAGCAGGCUUUGGGCCCAUGUUAGGUGAUGGCUCAUCCCCUCUGCCCCUUGCACCGGGCAGCAGUUCUGUGGGCAGUGGUGCCUUUGGGGGUCUCCAGCAGCAGGAACGCAUGAGCUACCAGCUGCAUGGAUCUGAGGUCAAUGGCACACUUCCAGCUGUGUCCAGCUUCUCAUCUGCCCCUGGCACUUACGGUGGGACUUCUGGCCACACGCCACCUGUGAGCGGGGCUGACAGCCUCAUGGGCACCCGAGGGACUACAGCCAGCAGCUCAGGAGAUGCCCUUGGGAAGGCACUGGCCUCGAUCUACUCCCCAGAUCACUCCAGCAAUAAUUUCUCGCCUAGCCCCUCGACACCUGUGGGUUCACCCCAGGGCCUGCCAGGGACAUCACAGUGGCCCAGGGCAGGAGCGCCUAGUGCCUUAUCUCCCGGCUAUGAAGGGGGUCUCCAUGGCCUGCAGAGCAAAAUGGAGGAUCGCUUGGAUGAGGCCAUCCAUGUCCUUCGAAGCCACGCUGUGGGCACUGCUAGUGAUCUCCAUGGACUUCUGCCUGGCCAUGGGGCACUGACCACAAGUUUCCCAGGCCCCAUGCCACUGGGAGGGCGGCAUACUGGCCUGGUUGGUGGAGGCCACCCUGAGGAUGGCCUCACCAGUGGUGCCAGUCUUUUGCAUAACCAUGCCAGCCUCCCCAGCCAGCCCAGCUCCCUCCCUGACCUCUCGCAGAGGCCACCUGACUCUUACAGCGGACUCGGAAGGGCAGGUGCUGCAGCGGGCGCCAGCGAGAUCAAGCGGGAGGAGAAAGAUGAUGAGGAGAAUGCAUCAGUGGCAGACGCUGAGGAGGAUAAGAAGGACCUGAAGGCUGCACGCACGCGCACCAGCCCAGACGAGGACGAGGACGACCUUCUCCCCCCAGAGCAGAAGGCCGAGCGGGAGAAGGAGCGCCGGGUGGCCAAUAAUGCCCGCGAGCGCCUGCGGGUCCGCGACAUCAAUGAGGCCUUUAAGGAGCUGGGCCGCAUGUGCCAGCUGCACCUCAGCAGUGAGAAGCCGCAGACCAAACUGCUCAUCCUGCACCAGGCCGUGGCCGUCAUCCUCAGCCUGGAGCAGCAGGUGCGAGAGCGCAACCUGAAUCCCAAAGCGGCCUGCUUGAAGCGGCGGGAGGAGGAGAAGGUGUCUGGUGUGGUCGGAGAUCCCCAGCUGGCGCUGUCGGCUGCCCACCCUGGCCUGGGUGAGGCCCACAACCCGCCCGGGCACCUGUGAUCACAUGGGUCUCCGUGGGACCAGGGACCACCACAAGCUUCCCAGGGUACUCCCAGGAUGACCCUGGCCCAAGGCUCAGGCUCCAGAAACACUGCAGGGCCUCAGGGGGCCUCAAGGCUCAGUGACAGCCCUGUGUCCUGACCCCAGUGACCAAGCUGAAGGGAGCUCCCCCCCUCGAUUAACCGAAACUGGAAAUAAGCAGCAUGCUCACUUUUCAGAAAAGAAAAAAAGAUGCCUUAACUGUGGAAGACGGGAGAAUGGGACCGCACCCUGGUGAGGGGUGGCGGGGACUGGCUUCUGGUUGAGAGCCACCAGCACACCGUGCCUAAGCAUAUUUUUUUUAAGGAGAAUAAAAGAACAUUAGUUAUCAGAUUUUUUUUUUUUUUUAAAUGUAGACAAAACUUAGCAAGAAUGAGGCCUUCUGUGUCUGUUUUUUGGGGGUUUUUUGUUUUUGUUUUUUUUUUUUUUUUUUAAGCUUUCUUUUGCGUAUGUUUUGUAAGCAACAAAUUUUUGUAUAAAAGUCUCCUGUCUGUUGCUGUUUCUAGAACUCAGCGUCGUAUUUCAUGGUCUAUAAGGUUAUUAAAGUAGCAUUCAAAAGA